AUGUGGCUUAUUUCGGAUAAUCUUUUUCUCUCAAAUUAUCAAACCGUAUCUGACCAUACAAAUGACGAAAUUUUCAAAAAAUUCCAGAUUCGCAAAGUUGUAUCAUUAAUGGAGGAAUGUAUUCCGAAUGUUUGUAAACUUCCAAAUGUGGAAUAUGUUUUCUUCAAAGCUUUAGACGUUGAAGAACAGGAACUUCUCAGCAAUGGAAUUAUGAUGGAAGCAAUUGAACAAAUCGAUGCUUCAACAUCAAAAAACGAAAAUGUGAUUGUUCAUUGCGUCGCCGGUGUUUCGCGUAGCGUCGCCAUAUGCAUGGGAUAUUUGAUGUAUAAGAGGAAUCUGACAACAGCAGUUGCUCUAGAUUUAAUUAAAAAUGUGCAACCAACAGCUUUGCCAAAUUCCGGGUUCAUGGCUCAAUUGAAGAUUUUUGAAAGAAGCGGUUGUUUAUUGGAAGCCAAAAGGUACCAAAAUAUCCUAUUGAAGGUGAUAGGGAAAACAGGAGAAGCUCUUUCAUUCUAUCGACAGCCCGUAAUAGGAUCUAAAGGAUCCAAAUUUAGAUUCAAAUGCAAAAAGUGUCGAAAACUCAUAUUCACUUCGGAAAACAUUGUCCACCAUGACAAUAUUACAGAAAUUUCUCAUCAAUUUCUUAUUGAGCCAAUGGCUUGGUUUAAUGUGGCGUCGCACACGUCAAAUAUAACUCAUUCAUGUGGAGCGAAACUUGGCAACUUUAUAGCAACGGGAUCGAAAUGCCCGAAUUGUUUCGAAUUUGUUUGUCCAUGGAUUUGCGCGGAAAAAUCAAAAAUUGAUAUCGAGCUGGUCAACUAG